GACGGCUGAAAACAGUGAACGCGGAGUUCGGCUGAAUUCUCUUCAGUACGAUGAUAUCGCCUUACGCGUGCGGACCGUUAAACAGAACCGAAAAAGACGGGGAAUACGCCGAUGAACAUGAAGAGUAUUCGACCAGAUAUUCUCAGUGCUGCCUACUAGACGGAGUACCGCGACCGCCUGAUGUACCGCCUCGCAACCCCACAAUGAGCCGUUUGAACGGAAGACUGGCAUCUGCGCCACCAGCAGAAUCACCCCAAGAUUUCGAACCCUCUUGCCUUGUAAGGACACCGUCAGGAAAUGUGUACAUACCAAGUGGAACAAUUAAUCACUCAAAUAAAAAUACAAUUGACUAUAAGUCCUCCAAUUCGCCACCGUGUAGUAGUCCUUCCAAAGAUAUCAAAAAUUCAGACAGGUGCGGGAGUUUGCCAUAUGGAGCACAUACGGUACCUGUGCUACCCGUCCGAAAUAACCUAAGAAGGCCGAAUUCGUCAAAUUUUCCACAAGCCAGUCGGUUUCACUUUAGGAAAGGCCUGGCGUCGAAAUGUACGUGGAAAUGUACGGCGAUAGCCUUUAUUAUGCUGUCUGUCGUUUUAACAGCAGCUCUAUCGUAUAUUUCAGCCUCCAGUUUACUCAACCUGUCAUAUCAAACGACGAAACCUUGCGAGGUACUCGUAGGCGAGAAUACUCAAAUCGUACCAGCUUCGAAAACGGCUCCGGCAUCCGAAACGAACCUCUCGACUCCGACUCGACCGAAAACUUCCAGCACGGGAGGUAAAUACCCACAGCUUGUACAUUCCAGAAAACGUAGAAAUGUUUUAGAUCCACAGCAUGCUUUUAUGUUAAAGAUUGAAUCUACCACCAGUUCUAGUAGCACGAGUAGUAGUGAUAGUACUGCUAGUACGGAUUUGCAUGACGGUACUAGCAUUUCAUUGCAUGAUUUUAUGUCUUCAACUUCGUCUAGCAGUGAAGGAUCUUCUGAAAGUACGUCUGAAACCCUAACUAAUGAAGAAACAACACAAACGACUUUAGAAGAAAUAGCUUAUACAUCUACUGACUAUUCGCUUUCCACUGAAAGUACUGCAUCUAUAAGUACUAUUGAGGAGCUUCCUGAACAAUCUACUGAAGAAAAUUUAAAUUAUGAUUUAGCAUCGAGUAAUGAAGAAGAUGUUUCAUUAUUUAAUCUAAAUUCUGAAGAAUACGAUGAUUUUUUGAAAAUUCAACGCGAUCAACCUGAUGAUGAUGAUGAUGAUGAUGAUAGCGUAGAAAUUGUUAAAUUAGACCAUGGUUUAUUAUCUACAACACAAAAAUCGAAAUCAGUAUAUAAUUCCAACCUUAAAACAGAAGAGACGAAACCAGUUAAAUCUCAAGAUGCCUCUAAGGAACUCACUGACGCUAAUCUAUCAAUGUUGCCAGUAGCUGAGGAUAAAAACCUAAAACACAUACGUUUUAAUGAUGAAACUGUGAUGUAUAAUAAUUUUACUAACAAUAAAGUGAAUCUUGAUACUAACAAGACUGUUGUUAAGGUUAUAGACCUUCCUCAAAGCAUGUCUCAUUCGAAAAAGUUUUUUGUAAAUUUAACUAUAGCAACUGAUGAUACUAACAAUCCUUAUUCUGAACAAUCUGUAUAUGUGCUUUCGGUAGCUGUGCCUAUCCAAGAAAAUUUCCAUCCAGCUGUCGAAGUUAGCAAUAAAGAAAAAAUUAAAGAACCUAUAAGGAAUUCAGAUAAGUCUGCUUUGCAUCAUAUUUUAGACUCUGAUAAAGACAGUUCAGGCGGAACUUGUGAAUGUUCUUGUCCAUCUUUAGAUUCCACUGAAAUUUCAGAUAAUUCUUCAGAAGAUUCCGAUGGACAUAUUGUAAUCCAACCUCUUAAUAUUUCGACUACUGCGCCUCCUGGCAUCUCCAGUGAUUACAGUAAUUCCACUGAAGUUUCCUCUUCCGCAACCGAUUUUUCUUCAACUUCAGAAAGUUGGAUGACUAAUUGCCCCGAAGUUACUACAAAGUUACCCCCGCCACCUACGAUCUUGAUAUUAGAAGGGGCUCGUACAUUUCCUGCUCAAUCAUUCCCCCCCGACGGUACGACGUUUUCCCAAAUCUCCUUAGGUCAACGAUUAUCUAAAGAGAUACCCGCCUAUGGAUACUGGAACAUGCAAUUUUAUCAAUCGGAAGCAGCCUACGUCCAGUUCGAUUACAGUAUUCCUAGGGGUGCCAGUAUAGGAGUUUACGCCAGAAGAAACGCCUUACCAACCCACACGCAAUACCAUAUUUUGGAAGUACUUAGCGGGUUUAAGGCUAGAACUACCAGGGCAUCACAUCAAUCGACAGUAAAAAAGGAAGUAACGCACUACAUGGAACAAGGCCACUGGUUCUUAUCUUUGUACAAUGACGAUGGCGAUCCGCAAGAAAUCACUUUCGUGGCUGUAGUGGCAGAUGACAUGACCCAUAACUGUCCUAACGGAUGUAGCGGCAAAGGAGAAUGUCUUAUGGGACAUUGUCAAUGCAAUCCUGGAUUUGGAGGGGACGAUUGUAGUGAGAGUGUAUGCCCGGUGCUGUGCAGCCAGCGCGGGGAAUAUAUUAACGGAGAAUGUCAAUGCAACCCCGGAUGGAAAGGAAAGGAAUGUCAACUAAGGCAUGACGAAUGCGAAGUACCCGAUUGCAACGGACACGGCCACUGUGCUAACGGAAAAUGCAACUGUAUACGAGGGUAUAAAGGAAAGUUUUGCGAAGAAGCCGACUGUCCCCAUCCUACUUGUUCUUCCCACGGAUACUGCGUAGAAGGCACUUGCAUCUGUAAAAAAGGAUGGAAAGGUCUCGAUUGUUCUUUAAUGGACAAAGACGCUCUUCAAUGUCUUCCAGACUGUUCUGGGCAUGGAACGUUCGAUUUGGAAUCUCAAACGUGCACUUGUGAACCACGGUGGUCAGGCGACGAUUGCUCAAGAGAAUUGUGCGACUUGGAUUGCGGCAUACACGGUCAUUGUGUCAGCGAAGCCUGUCAAUGCGACCCGGGCUGGUCAGGGGAGUACUGCAGUCUCAAACAGUGCGAUCCGCGGUGUAACGAUCAUGGACAGUGCAAAAAUGGAACGUGUCUCUGCGUGACAGGUUGGAACGGAAAACAUUGCACCAUCGAAGGCUGCCCUAACAGUUGUUCGGGGCAUGGCCAGUGCAGAUUUAGCAGCGAAGGUAGUUGGGAGUGUAGAUGCGACAACGGUUGGGAUGGUACGGACUGUAAUAUUUUGUUGGAGCAGAACUGCAACGAUGGAAGAGAUAAUGAUAAAGACGGACUUGUAGACUGUGAGGAUCCGGAAUGUUGUAUGAACCCUUCUUGCAAAAACAGCCAACUAUGUGUAUCUUCUCCAAAACCAAUCGACAUUUUGUUAAGAAAACAGCCUCCGGCGAUAACAGCAUCGUUCUUCGAAAGAAUGAAGUUUUUAAUCGAUGAAGGAAGCUUACAAAACUAUGCUCGUCAAGAAACAUUUAAUGAAAGCCGUUCGGGAGUCGUUCGCGGCCGAGUCCAAACACAGAUGGGAACUGGACUAAUGGGUGUCCGAGUCAGUACAAGCACUCCUUUGGAAGGUUUUACGCUCACAAGAGAUGACGGUUGGUUCGAUCUGCUGGUCAACGGUGGAGGCGCAGUUACUUUACACUUUGGUAGAUCACCUUUCAGUCCGCAGAGCCGUAUAGUUUUCGUCCCAUGGAACGAAGUAGUUAUAAUAGAAAACGUUGUAAUGACCACUAGUGAAGAUAGACCGAUUACUUUGAUGCCGCAGCCUUGCACAUCGCAUGACUUCGAUACAAUGAAGCCUGUAGUAUUAGCAACGUGGAAGCAUGGAUUUCAAGGCGCUUGUCCGGAUAAGAGCGCCAUUUUAGCUGAAUCCCAAGUAGUCCAAGAAAGCUUACGUAUUCCCGGUACCGGUUUAGACUUAGUUUAUCAAAGCUCUAGAGCCGCUGGAUACUUAUCAACCAUCCAAUUACAACUUACACCGGAAGUUAUACCUGCAGAUUUAAAGCUUAUUCAUUUAAGAAUAACGAUUGAAGGUAUCCUUUUCGAGAAAGUUUUCGAAGCAGAUCCGGUCAUCAAAUUCACUUAUGCUUGGAACAGACUCAAUGUCUAUAGACAAAGAGUUUAUGGAGUCACUAAUGCAAUCGUCAAAGUUGGUUAUGAAUACAACAACUGUAAAGAUAUAAUUUGGGAUGUUCAAACGACAAAAUUAAGCGGACACGACAUGAGUAUAUCGGAAGUAGGAGGCUGGAAUUUGGAUAUACAUCAUAGAUACAACUUUCACGAAGGUAUUCUUCAAAAAGGUGACGGAUCAAACAUUUAUCUCAAGCAUAAACCGCGCGUUAUAUUGACGACUAUGGGCGAUGGACAUCAACGUCCGCUAGAAUGCACGGAUUGCGAAGGACAAGCCUAUAAACAACGUCUUUUAGCUCCAGUAGCUCUAGCUAGUGCUCCAGAUGGUUCGCUGUUCAUUGGUGAUUUCAAUCUAGUUAGAAAAAUGCAAACGGAUGGAACAGUCAGAACCAUAGUCAGACUAAAUGCUACCAGGGUAUCCUACCGUUACCACAUGUCUCUCAGUCCAUUAGACGGCACUCUGUACAUUUCCGAUCCGGAGUCUCAUCAAAUUAUAAAAAUUAGAAGCACAGACGACUCUUCCGAUCCCGAUCAUAAUUGGGAAACAGUUGUGGGAUCCGGAGAAAGAUGCCUACCAGGAGACGAAGCUCAUUGUGGAGACGGCGCUUUAGCUAGAGACGCCAAAUUAGCCUAUCCAAAAGGAGUAGCAGUGUCCAAUGACAACGUACUCUAUUUCGCUGACGGUACUAAUAUCAGAAUGGUAGACAGAGAUGGAAUAGUAACUACAGUUAUAGGAAAUCAUAUGCAUAAAUCGCACUGGAAACCUCUACCUUGCGAAGGCACGUUGAACUUAGAAGAAGUCCACUUGAGAUGGCCCACUGAAUUAUCUAUAAAUCCACUUGAUAAUACUCUUCAUAUUAUAGACGAUCAUAUGAUUCUGCAACUAACUUUAGAUGGAAGAGUAAAAGUUAUAGCUGGUAGGCCACUUCACUGCGCUUCUCCAGUAACCGGUUACGAUAUAGAACUAGCUACACAUGCUACACUCGUUAUGCCUCAAAGCAUAGCAUUCAGUUCUUCCGGAGAGCUCUACAUAGCCGAAAGCGAUUCGCAAAGAAUUAACAGAGUUCGGGUCAUCGGAACUGAUGGAAAAAUAUCCCCGUACGCUGGAGCUGAAUCUAAAUGUAAUUGUUUAGAAAGAGGAUGCGAUUGUUUCGAAGCUGAUCAUUUCCUCGCGGCAAACGCCAAAUUCAAUACCAUUUCUUCAGUAACUGUUACUCCAGAUGGACAUGUUCAUAUCGGAGAUCAAGCUAACUACAGAAUAAGAUCGGUUAUGGCGAGCAUUCCCGACGCUAGUACAUCUAGGGAAUACGAAAUUUACUCUCCGGAAACGCAAGAGAUUUAUAUCUUUAACAGAUUCGGUCAACAUGUUGCUACCAAAAAUAUUUUGACAGGAGAAUCUAGUUACGUCUUCACUUACAACGUUAACACCAGCAACGGCAAGCUUAGUACAGUCACAGACGCGGCUGGUAACAAAGUUUUCCUUCUAAGAGAUUAUUCUAGUCAAGUAAAUUCGAUAGAAAACACCAAAGGUCAAAAAUGUCGAUUAAGAAUGUCAAGAAUGAGAUUACUAUACGAACUCAGCACUCCAGACAACUACAACGUUACUUUCGACUAUCACGGAGCUACUGGCUUGCUAAAAACUAAACUAGACAGUAGCGGUAGAAGUUACGUAUAUAAUUAUGAUGAAUUCGGUCGACUAGUAUCGGCAGUAACUCCCACGGGUAAAAUUAUAAGUCUUUCAUUCGAUCUGAGCUUGAAAGGAGCCACUGUUAAAGUGAGCCAAAACAACAAACCACCAGUUUCGAUGCUAAUCAAAGGUUCCAGCGUGUCUACCAAAGUAGAUGAAAUCGAAAAUAGAAUUAUCUUACUACCAGAUGGCAGCGUAACUAGUAUGUCAUCAUGGUCUCAUAGUAUAUCAACAGAAACAGUUCCUUAUAACAUUUUAGCCGAUAAAGAUCUCCUACUAGGCGAAAGCUACCCAGUCCCAGCCAAGCAAAGAAUGGAAAUUGGUGGUGAUCUCGCGAAUAGAUUCGAAUGGAGGUAUUUCGUAAGACCCAACUCUUCCAAAGGCAACAAAAAUCUAUCACCUAGAAUUUUAACUAAAGUAGGUAAAAAGCUACGAGUAAACGGAGAAAACCUUCUAACUAUGGAGUACGAUCGCGAAACGGCUUCGGUAUCAGUUUUUAUGGAUGACAAAGUCGAAUUGCUGAACGUUACUUACGACAGAUCGGCGAGGCCUGUCAAAUUGGGACCCAGAAACGGCAUAUUUGCUGAAGUCGAACUCGAAUAUGAUAGAUUCAGUAGGCUGACGAGCUGGAAGUGGGGAGACUUGAGCGAGAACUAUGGUUUCGAUAGAGCUGGAAGAUUGAAUGAAAUUAAAUAUGGGGAUGGUUCGUCUCUUGUUUACGCUUUCAAGGAUAUGUUUAGUAGUUUGCCUCUCAAAGUCAGUACACCAAGAGGAUCAGACUAUCUUCUCCAAUACGAUGACUCUGGAGCCCUACAAUCUUUAACCACACCGAGAGGUCACAUUCAUACAUUCUCCUUACAAACCUCACUGGGUUUCUUCAAGUACCAAUACUUCUCCCCGAUGAACAGACAUCCUUACGAAAUAAUCUACAACGACAACGGACAAAUCUUAGCAAAAAUAUUCCCACACCAAUCAGGAAGAGUUUCUUACGUCUACGACGAUGCUGGUAGAUUAGAAACUACUCUUGCAGGAAUGAGCUCCACCCACUACGUUUACCACGACCUUCUAGAUCUCGUAAAGAGCGUAGAAAUUGUAGAACCAAACUUCGAACUCAAACAGGAAUACAAAUACCACGCUGGAAUACUUAAAGACGAAAAAAUUAAGUUUAACAGUAAGAGUGGUUUGGAUAACGCUCAUUAUAAAUACCAAUAUGAUGGUAAUGCAAGACUUUCCACUAUCGAUGUUGAUAUUAAUGGUAAAGAGCUUCCACAAUUAAGGUUAAAAUACAACCAGAAUCUUGGUAUAUUAGAAGGAAUUAGUGAUUUAAGAGUCUAUAGAAAUACCUUUAAUAGAUCGGUGAUGCAAGACACCACCAAACAAUUCUUUACAAUUACAGACUUUGAUGAUCACGGUAGAGUCAAAACAAUACUGAUUAAUAUUAAAUCGUUUGAUGUAUUUAGACUUGAAGUAGAAUAUGACUCUAGAAAUAGAAUAAAAUUGCAAAAACUUAUGGUCGGAAGAUCUCAAUUUAUGGACAGAUUCUCCUACAAUUCCGAUGGCCAUGUUCUAGAAGUUAUUGGUAGCAGUAACUGGAAAUACGUGUACGAUGAAAAUGGUAAUAUUAUUGGAGUAAUUAAAGAAAAAGAGAAGAUUUCAUUGGGUUAUGACAGCGGCGAUAGAGUUGUCCAAUACGGAGAUGUAGAGUUCUACAGCUACGAUACUAGAGGCUUCGUAGUAAGAAGAGGAGAACAGAAAUAUAGAUACAACUCUAAAGGACAGUUAAUACAUGUAUUUGAACGAGAUAAGUUCCAAAUAUGGUACUUUUACGAUGAUAGAGAUCGACUCAUUUCUUGGAACGACGAUAAAGGAAAUGUGACCCAAUAUUUAUACACGAAUCCCAGCACUCCGGAUCUUCUAACACACGUCCAUUUCCCCAAAACCGGAAGAACUUUCAGAUUCUUAUACGAUUCUAGAAAUGUAAUCAUCACAGUUGAAACUUCAGAACAAAGAUUCUACGUAGCUUCAGAUCAAAAUGGUUCUCCGAUAGCUCUAUUCGAUAUUAACGGGAACCUUAUCAAAGAAAUCAGAAGAACUCCGUUUGGAAACAUAAUUUUGGAUACGAAUCCCGACUUCUAUCUCCCAGUAGAUUUCCAUGGUGGAAUUUUAGAUCCUAAUACGAAAAUGGUAUUCAUUAACAAGAGGGUGUACGAUCCAGUGGUUGGGCAAUGGAUGACUCCGGCUUGGGAACGACUGGCUAUAAAGUUGUCAAUUCCGACUGAUGUGUUCAUUUAUAGAUUCCAUAAUAACGAUCCGAUCAAUUCUAAAUUAACUCUGGACUACAUGACUAGCUUCAAUAGUUGGUUGAAGUUAUAUGGAUAUGAUAUUGAGAAGAUGUUGGGUUCGAGAUAUAUAAGUAGUUUAAUAUACAGGCCCAAGGCUCUUUUGACUGCUCCUCAACUAGCUCCCGAUUUUGGAAUUAUGAGUGGCCUGCAAUGUAUAGUUGAUAAGAUAAACGAGAAGUUCAUGGACCUCAGCUUCGUUCCGAAACCACUUCUUAAGAUGGAGCCCAAAACGAAAAACCUGCUUCCUCGCGUGGCCUACAGGCGGUCAGUCUUCGGCGAAGGCGUCCUAAUCUCCCGCGUGGGUUCGCGAGCCUUAGUUAGCGUAGUAGAAGGCGUAAAUGGUGUAGUGCAAGACGUAGUGACUUCAGUGUUUAACAAUUCAUUCUUCUUAAAUCUCCAAUUUAGUAUUCACGAUCAGGACGUUUUUUAUUUCGUAAAAGACAAUGUACUUAAAAUUCGUGAUGACUUAGAAGAGCUUCGUAGACUCGGUGGAAUGUUCAAUGUAUCGACGCAUGAAAUAACUGAGCACGGCUCGACGACUACUAUUAAAGAAUUGCGAUUGCACAAUCCCGAUGCAGUAGUUAUUAUUAAAUAUGGCGCGGAUCCUGAUGUGGAAACGCACAAAAUACUCAGGCACGCGCACAAACGGGCCGUAGAGAGAGCCUGGGAAAUAGAAAAACAGUUGGUAGCGGCAGGCUUCCAAGGGAGGGGCGAUUGGACUGAAGAAGAGAAAGAAGAAUUAAUUUCUCAUGGAGACGUUGAUGGAUACGAAGGGGUAGACAUCCACAGUAUCCACAAAUAUCCUCAAUUAGCUGACGAUCCUGGGAACGUUGCUUUUCAGCGAGAUACUAAACGUAAAAGACGGAAGAGUGGUGUCAGGAGAAGUAGGAUACAUAGACAUUCGUGAUUAAAUAAAAAACAAGGUGAUAUUAAGUAAAAAAAAAAAAGAUUGAGAUCAGAAAUAUUUUUAUGUGCCAUACUCCUAAUGACAUCAGAAAUCAAACUAGUCGUUUUACUUGCAGUCAUUUACAAUUUACAGAGACGUAUUUUUUAAAAAUAACUUUAAAAACGUGACAUUAAUAAUGUCCACUAUAAAAUUUGGAUCAUCGGGAUUUUGUACAUGAAUUUCUUAAUUUCAUUCAUGAAAAAUUGGUUGCAUGUCCUCAUACACUUAGUGGUCUAUACGAAGGUUGUCUUUUCAAUUUUGCGUACAGAGCUUAAAUUAAAAAAAAAUAAGUUAUAUAUUUAUCUCAAAAUAAACGAAUCUAUUUACACAAUUCAACAUAUGGCGACCAUGACAGGACUGACUCUGCUGUGUUUUUUGGUACAUCAAAACUAUUUUAGAACAGCUUCAUCUUCUCAUUAAACUCGACUUAUAUUCCAAAAAAACCUAACAACACAGACAAAUGAUUAAAAUCGUUAAAACCUUAAUUUCCAACUCGAGCUUUUGUCUUUCCUAAACUUUCAACAGCUCAUCUAGCAGUGAAGAUUCCGAGAAUGGGUGGAGAUUAGCUGUGUACUUAUUUCUAGUAACGCCAAGAGUUUUUAAAGAUCUCGGUUCAUACAAAGUUGCCAAAGACAUUCCUGGUUUAACUUACACUGACUGUUGAAGCACUAAUUGUUACAUACACCUCAAUAAGAAGUUCAUCGUUAGCAAAACGUGUUUUCAAGACCAUUACUACCUAUUUUGUAAUUUGGACAAGAAGGAAAGCUUUCGACAAGAUCUUUUAGUGACUGGUUCGAAUUAAUUAUUGGAAAUUGUCUUCUAUAUCUUCCUCUUCAUCUAUCUUUUUAAAUUGCCUCCAAAAUCCGGUGUGGUAGAACUUCUGCUAUUUUACAUACAUAUUAGUUUUGUAGUGAAUGUCAUCAAAGUCAUUCUCGAUUUCUUGCUCGGUCAUUGUUGAAUGCAGGUGCUCUUUAAGACAUUGUAAAAUGGAAAAUUGAUCAAGAAUCUCCCUUACUAAUGUGUUUCUAUUGCCAACUUUUCAUCCAGUUUUAGUAAAAGUUUUCUCUCAAACAAAAGAUAAAGCCACAAAUCAGUGCAGAAAAACAAUCUAAAAGAAAGACUGAAGAAAAGAAAACCAAAGAAUAUCCGACAAACAUGUUAAAGAAAAUUUACAACUGGGAAAGGAAAAUAUAGAAAAAGAUGAGAAAAAGCAAGUUUUAAUCAGGGACCCGGACCGAAAACCGUACCGGAACCAAAAUGUUUUAGAUGGACCGGAACCGAACCGAUAAUAUAUUAAAAAUAUUUUUUAUGGACCGGACCGUACCGAUCCGAAAUAAAAAUGAAUUUUUUCGUUUUUUUCGGUUUAUUUUUCGGUUCUUGUGUCUUUUUCAUAUGCUUUUUUGUUGGCUGGAAUAUCUGAUUCACGUGACCAGUAAGACUCACUGAAUCACUGAACACUGAACCCCAUAGUUUUUAUGACUGAAAGUAGCUGAAUAAUAAAACCACACACCACACCACACAUCGGAAAAAGACAAAUAAAGUGAAAAUAGGUAACGUCAAUAUUAAUUCAGCUACUACAAACUACAAUUAAUAGACUUAGGCUAGUAGGACAUUGUACCACCUCGGAACACCUUCACCGGAUAGGAGUGUAUAACUCCCCUAAUUGUGAGUGCGGACAAGUAGAGAGGCAGACGCGUGAAAACGCAACUUGUUCCAAAAAAAUUUUUUAAAUGGGAUACCCUGUAUAUUUUUACAUUUUUAUAAUCCUCUCGAUGAGUUGAUUUCAACGAUGUAUCAUACUUGAUGUCUAAUCUGGAUAAUAAAGGAUCUACAGCCACAUGAAAAAUCACAUUUUUGGAAAUUGGAAAUCUCAUCUGACUUUUGAGUAAAAAAAAAUGUGAUUUUUCAGGUGGCUGUAGAUGUUUAUUAUCCAGAUUAGACAUCAAGUGUGAUCCAUCGUUGAAAUCAGCUCGUUGAGAGGAUUAUAAAAAUGUAAAAAUAUACAAGGUAUCCCCGAAAAUCUGCACGCUACUGUACAUUUGAUAGAAUUUUAACAAACAAGUAUUACAAAUUAAAAAUUUAAAAAAAACCGACUUCAAAAACGUGCAGAUGCCACAUCUUAACUCUAUUCAGUAGUAAAAUAAUAUUUAAUCUUUUUCCAAUGGUAUAUAAUUAAUUCCAUAAGUGGUAUCCCAUUGUAUAUUGUACAAAUAUAUUUUAAAUUUCCUCUUUGUCUCUAUAUGCAAAACUAAAAAGACAUCCCUCGUAAAAAUAUGAUAUAGUGCGGGCACUUUCGUAACGAAUACUAAGACUAAAAUUGUACGUGUACCAAUAACUAUUCCGUGUUCCAAAUUUUUGUGAAAAAAAUGUAAAAAUUUAGAGUCUGUCCAGUUAAAUUUUUUUAGAAAUUGUGUUGUGUAAAAGCAAUCAAAAAAGGCCUAUAUGUUAAACGAACCGAUGCGUUUUUUUCCUACAGGGUAGAUCAGUUUACUCUAGAGGAUUUAAAAAAGAUACUACAAGACUCUCUCAAAUAUAGUUUAAUAUAUUUAAGGUAAAAGAAAACCUGUAAAUAUAUCAGAAGCUUUUUAUAUGAGAAAUAAUAGUUAAUUGCUAUGACAAGUAUUGAUUAGAUUUUUAUGCUGCAGAUUCUUAUGAGCGUUUUCGAUAAAGACAAUUUCGUUAGUAAACAUAAGUAUUUAGGUUUUCCGACAUUUUUAUAUUGAAUAACAUUGAAAUUUAAAGCAACGCUGACAUUAGUAGAUGAGUUGUAAGGACACUAUAUUUUUUGUAACAUAACCUUAAAAACAACAUGUCAGUCGAGUUUUCAUAUUCAAUGGUUGGAGGGAUGUUGAAGAAACCUCUGAAGAUUCGAAAAUAAAGAAGAUAAUUCGUAGAAGUGACGUUAGACCAGAGGCUUCUUCAACGUCUUUCCUGGUCCUACACGUCACUCCCCCAAGUUGUAUUCGAGUUUCCAGGGGUUUGUUUAACGUUUUCUCUGAUCCUAUGUCACUCCUUCUUCAGUUUCGAGUGCCAAGAGGCUUUUUUAAUGUCCCUUCAACCGUGGAAUACGAUAACUCGAUGGAAAUGUCUUUUUUUGAGGUUAUAUUACAAAAAAUAUCUACUAUUUGAAAUAAAAUUAAUAAAGGUUAUUUAUGGGUACCGACGAAUUUGUCUUGAAUAAAAACAUUAAGAAAAUGUAGCACUCGACUGAUAUAUUUAUCCAUUUCACAAUGAUUAUAGGUACAUAUUAUGAAGCAUAGUCCAUAGAUGUAUAUAUUAAUUUAUGAUUGAUUUUUUUCUAAUUCUAUUGGUGCUUAUUAUAUCUCAUCCACACGAAUCCAUGACAUGUUAGAUUUCUCUAUAAAUAGCCCGCAAAUAUUCCAUAGUACGGGCAAUAUUAUCAUUAGAAUAGCGUACUCUGAGCAGGAGCAAAUUAAAUAUCUAUAUUUUUUUUUUUUUUUCAAAUUUAUGGAGGGCUGUAGUCUCUAUGAAUUCGCUCCUUAGGACUUUUUGUACUUAUUGCCUAAUAGGAACUUUUAAACUCGAAUUGUAUUUUGACCGAAACACAUUUUUUCCGAAAACUUCAUAAAAAAAUGUGAAGCAAAUGUAUUUUAAAUAAAUCACACAGUUGUCUCUGACAAAGAAGUACAAACGAACUAAUGUCCUGGUAAAGUGACAGUUAAUCUUAUCCUCAUGUUAGAACAACACUUUUGUUCUUUCAUUAUGGUUAUCUUUAGGAAUGUGUUACAUAAACUACUAAUUAGAGAUGUUGGGCGCCAAAUGUGUAACAAGUUUGACUCAAUUUAAAAACAAUUCUAUUGAUGUAUACGAUUUAAGUUACUGUGUUUUGUUUGACGUGUUUACGGACCAAAAUCUACUUUAAGUUACAUCAAAAUAUUAAAAUAAAAUUCACAGAUAAAUUAAAUAAAAAUCGUAAAUUUUCUAAAAACUUAGAAAACUGAACUCUGUUUUAGUAAGUCUCUGUUACCUCAAAAUUACCAUGCUCUAACUGUCAGAUAGUAAACAUCAACUAUAUUUGCCUAUUUAGAUUUAAACUUCUGUCUAAAAAAUCUAAAAUAAGCUAUUAACCUCAAAACUUCUUCUAUUUUUGUUGAAAUCUGAACUAAACUCAAAAAACCAACAGUGUGAUGUUGUACAGUCACUUGUUAAAGUAUCAGAGGGUUAAAAUUGGUAUUGAUAAUAGGAAAGUACAUGUAAAAUGAAGUUAAAAUGUAUAUUACCAGGAGAUUAAUAAUUUGACCUUUAAAAGCUUGAAAUUAAUCUCAACGAUCCAACAUUUGAAGGGAUAUACAGUGUGUCCAAAAAAUAAAAAAAAAUGACAUAUUCCAAAUGUUAAAUUAUCUUCUAUUUUCGAGUUACCCAUCGAACUUUAUUAUUUAUCAUGGCGGCCAUCUUGAAUGUUUACAUAAUAUUAUUACCCUCUAAAUUACCUUUUAGACGAGGUGCCACACCAUACACAUUUUUAAUAAAUACUUUUAAUAAAAAAGUAAUAUUUUCCUUAAUUUGGCAACGCCGCAUCCAUUUAAUAUAGCAUGUGGUACACGAAUUAAUUUAUGAAAAUAUUAUUUGAGGUAAAUAAUACUGAAAAAAACACAUUCCAAUUUGUUUUUUACGUGUCUUUUAGUUCAACCCCCCAAUUGUUUAAAUAUUAUUAGCAUUUAUCUAUAGAUUUUUUGGUCCUUUUAAUUUGAUCAAAAAUAUUAAAUUUUAUCGCAGCCUUGCCAAAUCUAUUUACAACUACAUGCCUAAAAAUUCGUUAAUUAUCUUUAACUAGGAAAAUAAAAAUUACUCAUUAGUAUAAAAAAUAUUAUCAGGAAAUAAACCAAUGCAUUUUUGUGUACCACAUGUCUAUUUUAGAUGAAUGCGAUGUUGCCAAAUUAAAAAAAAUAUAUUAAUUUCUUCUUAAUUUAAAGGUAUUUCUUAAAAAUUUGGAUAACAUGUGGCACAUUGUUUAAAAUAUAAUUUGGGGAUAAAUACUAUAAUUUAAUAUCAUAGAUGACAGCUAUAAAACUAACAAAGUUACGGUAGCUAAUUCGAAAACAAAAGAGAUAUUUCGUAAAAACAUUCUCCAUUAAAAAGUGUUUCAAGACAUUUUGGAAUAAAAAAAAAAACAUGCAUUAUUAAUUUAUUUGAACACACUAUAUAUCUUCAGCGAUACACAUUGCUUUAUUAACAUUCAUUGAUUGAUUGAAUGUGUAUAAAUAUAAAAAAAGUGGCUCACUGCCUUUUGAUAAUUUUUUUAAGAAGUUUUUCUGGAAAAACUGUAAGGUCUUAGUCUGCUAUAGAUGAAAAUAUUCAAUGUGUUUAGGUACGGCUGUUGUAAUGAUAAAGUAACUCUUUUUCUACAAAACUUUUGUACUCUAUGAAUAAUACUCCGCCUAUUUUGUAUUUUGUUUAUUUGGAACGAGUUUUGGACGUUCUUGAAUAAUUGAAUAGGGCGCUAAGAUUUAGCCAAAAAUGUGGAAAAGUGAUAUUUUUUCUAAUGUGACUAAAAAAGAAAGCAAUACUUUGUAUCUCAAAUAUCUUUAAUUAUUACUAAAUUAUUAAAUUAUGUGCAAUUGUUGUGUAGCUGUUAAGUGACAGCUAGCACGCGUAAUGCAUUUGAACAUACUGAUGAC